AGGGUUGUGAACAGCGAAGAUGCUAGGGUACCGAAGACAGACCACCUGCUCUACGGUUCAACUCUUUAAACUGAUAACGUAUGAAUUGAAAAUGAGCUUCGACAAUCCUGUCUGAUCAUCAAAACUUGACUUAAUGUUGGUAAAUUUUUCAAGUAUAAUUCAGAAAUAACCCAGCAAAGUAUUGGAAUCUAAGGUUAACGUACCAAUACUCGCCCCUGAAUCAACCAACAUGCAGUGAAAGAAAACCGAGACAUUAAUAUUGUUGGUUACUGAAAGGUAAAAUUUAUGCAAGAAUGACCUGGGAUUGGAAAACACUGUAUGUGGUUUGGACAGCCAUUAUCUUCAUGUGUCUACUAGAACUGGGAGAUUCCAAACCGUACGAAAGACGUGCUGCAGUAGAAAAACCUUUAUCAGAACCCUGUCAGUUGGAUCGCUACAGAUGCGGUACAAAAUGUAUCCCUCUAAAAUGGAUCUGUGAUGGCUACAACGACUGUGACGACAAUCUCGACGAGAGAAACUGUCUACUAGCAAAUCAGAACGCUACAACAGGCAAAUUGACAAGCGCUAAAAUUCAGGAAGCUGGCAACAUUCUGGAUGGCAGCCCAAGUGUGAGCACUUCUCCAGGAUGUUCUUCAAAGAUGUUCUCAUGUGACAAGGGCGACAAGUGCCUAAAGAUGAGUUCGUUGUGUGACACUUUGCGUGACUGCAGCGACGGCAGCGACGAAGUAAACUGCCCCGCCAAAUCCUCAGGAUGCGAGGUCAGCAAGUUUUCAUGUGACAGUGGAGCCAAGUGUUUGCCAAUGACAUGGUUGUGUGACAGCAUUGAUGACUGUAUUGAUCGCAAAGAUGAACACAAUUGCCCGGUCACCAAAGGUGUAUCAGUUGCUCAAGCAGCAGAAGCAGCCGCAAUGACAGCGGCACAGGAAGCAAAGCGGGCAGCAUUUGCUGCACAGGAGAUGAUGAAAAGCGCUAAAGAAGCGGCCGACAAGGCCAAACGAGCUAGACAAAUCGCUGAAGCUGUCGAAACCUCUUAAGUACGAACACCCUCAUAUACGACCGGGUCGAUUUACGAGGUUCAACCAAUACAGUGACUCAAAUAUAGCGACUCUACCAUGCAGUGAGACUAAGAAUAGGAUGGAGUGGAAUGUAAUUCUGCAUGGUUUCUUUGAAUGAUAUCAACAGAUCGAUCUUAUCUUUCAAACAAGUGAACAAUAUGAAAUCCAUGCCUUCAAACUUCAUAACCCGAAAAAUCAGUUUAUCUGCCAUUUUAAGUUUCUAAAUAUGAAGAAACUAUUAUGCUGUUGUUUAUAUUUUUAGCUUUUAUCUUUUCAAAAUAAUUCUGAUUUUCAAAAUAAUUCCUCGGCGACCAAGCGCAUUUUUGUUUAAGGCAAGUGUGCGGCGAGAGCAGAGGUGCUAUAAUUAAUGGAUUUUUUUAUAGGUUUAAGCUCCUCAAACUUAAUCGGGUUUAAACAAAAUAGAAUUGAAAAAAGAAACUUGAUUAAAAGUAAUAAGAACGAUUAACGCAUACAGUGGGGUUGAAAAACUGCGUUUCAUAAUCAAUGAUAUAGUAAUAUUCGCCUAAAGAAAGAAGGAAUUUUUUGGGGGAGAAAGAUGCAAAAUUAGAUUAAGUUUGAGUUAUCGACUUUGAGAUUUUCUUUUAAGGGUGCCCGCCUUUUUUGGAGUACAUGUCAUUUUUCAUGAAUCCUAAAAGAUUUUUUUCCUUUUAAGUAGACGGCGGCGGCCAUUAGAAUGUCGUUUAUUGACAUACUGGCAAGUUUACUAAGUAAACCCUCACAUAGUCCCUUCCGAGAAACCAAAGUAGGCUGUUCCAUUAUUUUAGAAUCAAGGAAUAACUUUAUUUUUAACAUGACUAAGAAUCAGUGUUUAUUUUAUCGAGAGAAAAAAUCAUGAGUCACGUUAUCUCUUUUUGUCCUUCCAGCUAUCUUUUUCUUAUUGGUGCAUUUUAAGGAAAUAUUUCGAGCUUCCCGAAAUGAUUUGCCGUAUCUAAAUGAAGAAAUCAUAAAAAAUUAAGCUCGAUAAGGGAAGGUGAUGUUGCACGAUUCUUGAUGUACUGGAGAUUUCAGAUGGGAUCUUUUUAAUGAUUUUAUUUGAACAUUUGAUCCAGGAAUCAGUCUGUAAAAUGCAUUAAAAAAAGCUAUUUGCGACAGGUCCUCGACUUUGAGUUGCCAGCAAGAAAUUUAAACUAGAAAAAUGAUAAUAAAUCGCGUAACGAGGACGAUUUUUUACCUAGGGGACUACCCUAGCCUUUUUAAUUGUCGCCUUUUUAUUUCUAACGAAAUAUUAUGAUGACCGUUUAAAUCCUAGUCAAAAACUAUUAACGGAAAGCUUAAUCAAGGCUUUAAUUGCAAACUCACACAUUUUUGAUUCAUUGCAUUUAAAUCCAUCGCUAAAGAACUUCAAAAACCGAAUCGCGAGGAGUUUUUUUUAGCGAGACUCGAUAUUAAUGCAAAUAUUUAACGUCUCGGUAAAGUCUUCAAAUAAAAGCCAGUCUACGAGUGCGUUGACAAGAUAUCAGGAUAAAAAUAAUAAUUUUGUGUUAAGCCCAAGUUAGCUAAUGUGAAGGUUUUGUGUGUGUGUUGUUUUUUGUGUGUUCUCUCUAGAUCACACCGCUGGUUGACAAACAGCAACAAAAACAAACAGAGUUAAAAGGACUUCGCACAUGAAUCAACAUCAAUCGUAAACCCUACUGAGGGGAUUUGGAACAUCUAUCGCUGCAUAGCCUCUUUGGAGCUUCCGUUCAAAUUUUAUCAAACUAGCUAUUAUCAGCUUCGCUUUGACUGUUACGAGUGCAUUAAAACAACUGUAAAUCUA